GCUGGAAAGUAGGCAGCAGCAGGUGCGAGUUGCCCGCAGGUUCCAGCCCACUCGGCGCCGAGCGCUUCUUGGGCGAGUCUACCCUUCCCGCCCCAUCGCCUGGCCUCCCGGCCCACCCAGCGCCCCUCCGACGGAGUCUCCGGGCCUUUUCACCGUGGCCGCUCCACCCCCGGGAGCGCCUUCUCCUCCCGCCACCCUGGCGCACCUUCUUCCCUCUCCGGCCAUGUACAGCCUUUUGGAGACUGAGCUCAAGAACCCCGUGGGGCCGCCCACCCCAGCCGCGGGCACGGGCGGCGCCGCAGUUCCCGGUGGUGCGGGCAAGAGUAGCGCGAACCCAGGCAGCGGCGCGAACGCAAGCGGUGGCAGCAGCGGUGCUGCGAACGGCGGCGGCGGCGGGGGCACGGAUCAGGAUCGCGUCAAGCGGCCCAUGAACGCUUUCAUGGUCUGGUCCCGCGGGCAGCGGCGUAAGAUGGCCCUGGAGAACCCCAAGAUGCACAACUCGGAGAUCAGCAAGCGCUUGGGGGCCGAUUGGAAACUGCUGACCGACGCCGAGAAGCGACCGUUCAUCGACGAAGCCAAGCGGCUGCGCGCUGUGCACAUGAAGGAGUACCCGGACUACAAGUACCGGCCGCGCCGCAAGACCAAGACGCUGCUCAAGAAGGACAAGUACUCCUUGCCCGGCGGCCUGCUGCCCCCCGGCGCGGCCGCCGCCGCUGCCGCGGCCGCCGCCGCCGCCGCCGCCAGCAGCCCAGUGGGCGUGGGCCAGCGCCUGGACACGUACACGCACGUGAACGGCUGGGCCAACGGCGCGUACUCGCUGGUGCAGGAGCAGCUGGGCUACGCGCAGCCCCCGAGCAUGAGCAGCCCGCCGCCGCCGCCGGCUCUCCCGCAAAUGCACCGCUACGACAUGGCCGGCCUGCAGUACAGCCCCAUGAUGCCCCCCGGCGCCCAGAGCUACAUGAAUGCCGCGGCCGCCGCGGCCGCCGCUUCGGGCUACGGGGGCAUGGCGCCCUCCGCUGCCGCCGCCGCCGCCGCCGCCUACGGGCAGCAGCCCGCCACCGCCGCCGCCGCCGCCGCUGCCGCCGCCGCCAUGAGCCUGGGCCCCAUGGGCUCGGUGGUGAAGUCCGAACCCAGCUCCCCGCCUCCCGCCAUCACGUCGCACUCGCAGCGCGCGUGCCUUGGCGACCUGCGCGACAUGAUCAGCAUGUACCUGCCGCCCGGCGGGGAUGCGGCCGACGCCACCUCGCCGCUGCCCGGCGGACGUCUGCACGGGGUGCACCAGCACUACCAGGGAGCCGGGACUGCCGUCAAUGGCACGGUGCCGCUGACCCACAUCUGA